AAGAGAGAGAGAGAGUUGCUGUGUAAGCAGAGAGGAACGUAAAAGAAGAACGUGAUCAGAGAUCAGCAUCAUUUAAAGAAAACACUUUGACUAACACCUUCAGCACUCUCCAGAGGCUAAAAUAUGGAGAUGGUUUACCAUGAAGAGGAUUGUGUAUAUGAAAACAUCCCUGAUGUCUCAGCCAGGCGUGUUGAGUCAAAGAUCUGCUCUGAUGAAGACAGGAAAGUGACUGCUGCAGAGCCCGGUAUUAAACGGUCCAGGCUGGCUGCUGUGGUCCUUGGACUCCUGUGUGUGAUACAAGCUGCUGUCAUCAUUUUCCUCCUUCUUUCUCUCUUUUCAGAGAGAAACGAGUUCAAGAGAACCAACUUUGAUGCUGAGGCUGGUUUCAAAAACUUGACUGAGGAGAGAGAGGACCUGAAGAGGAAGCUGAAUAUCUCAGUUUCAGAGAGAGACGCUUUGAAGAGAACCAACCUGGAUGCUGAGGCUGGUUUCAAAAACCUGACUGAGGAGAGAGACGACCUGAAGAGGAAGCUGAAUAACUUCUUAGAAGCUCAAGGACGAUGGGAGUAUUUCAGCGGUAGUUUCUACCACAUUUCUUCUUUCGAGAAAACCUGGCAAGAGAGUAGAGAUGACUGUCUUCAAAAGGGUGCAGACCUGGUGAUUAUCAACAGCAAAGAAGAAGAUAAUUUCAUGAGAACAUUUGAGAAAAGACUGUGGAUUGGCCUGACUGACUCAGAGACAGAGGGGACGUGGAAAUGGGUGGACGGGACUCCACUGAAUGAAAGCUACUGGGCUUCUAAGGAGCCUAACGGUGGGAGAACGGAGAACUGUGUGGAACUACAGAAUUUUGUUUUUGAAAACAGCUGGAAUGAUGUAAACUGUUCCGCUCCACUCUACUCGAUCUGUGAAGUGAAAGUCCGUCCAUAACUCUCCAUCCAAACCAACCAGACAGAGAACUAACGACGAUAAAUAUAUUGCUGAUACAACUUAAAUCUUCACAAAAGCAACCUGAAUGUGCUCAUGUGGACACAUCAUUUCCAAGUAAAAACAGCAUUUUAGGAUUUGCCAGCUCAGUGGGUGAUAAUCUGGAGCCUGGUGAUUUGCUCUGCAGUAAAGUGACCUGUUAACAUCUAGAAACUAAUGUCCAACCAGUUCACUGCUUUGGCUGAAAAGAA